AUGACAAAGGAAAUUGAUAAAGCCACAAGGAAACAGCCAAAGAAACAGCAUCUUGGAACAUCUUGGAAUCUGACAUUUUGGAAUAUCUUGGAAUCUUGCAUCUUGGAACAGCCGUCUGCAUCAGACGGCAUAGAUGAAAAACUAUUGAUGGAACAAAUUACAUUGGAAGUAGUGGUAGUAGUAGCAGUAGUUUUAGGAUCUGAUCUAGCAAAAGAAAAGGUCAGUGGGAACUUUACUUCCUUCAGGUCAGUAGGAACUUUACUUCCUUCAGGUCAGUGGGAACUUUACUUCCUUCAGGUCAGUAGGAACUUUACUUCCUUCAGGAAUCACGUUUUUCUUUUCCUGCCGGUGGUGUCACAGCCUCUCUUCAUCCUGCCGGUGGUGUCACAGCCUCUCUUCAUCCUGCUGGUGGUGUCACAGCCUCUCUUCAUCCUGCCGGUGGUGUCACAGCCUCUCUUCAUCCUGCCGGUGGUGUCACAGCCUCUCUUCAUCCUGCUGGUGGUGUCACAGCGUCUCUUUAUCCUGCCGGUGGUGUCACAGCGUCUUUUCAUCCUACCGGUGGUGUCACAGCGUCUUUUCAUCCUACCGGUGGUGUCACAGCGUCUCUUCAUCCUACCGGUGGUGUCACAGCGUCUCUUCAUCCUACCGGUGGUGUCUCAGCGUCUCUUCAUCCUACCGGUGUUGUCACAGCCUCUCUUCAUCCUGCCGGUGGUGUCACAGCGUCUCUUCAUCCUACCGGUGUUGUCACAGCGUCUCUUCAUCCUGCCGGUGGUGUCACAGCGUCUCCUCAUCCUGCCGGUGGUGUCACAGUCUCUCCUCAUCCUGCCGGUGGUGUCACAGCAUCUCUUCAUCCUACCGGUGGUGUCACAGCGUCUCUUCAUCCUGCCGGUGGUGUCACAGCGUCUCCUCAUCCUGCCGGUGGUGUCACAGCAUCUCUUCAUCCUACCGGUGGUGUCACAGCGUCUCUUCAUCCUGCCGGUGGUGUCACAGUCUCUCCUCAUCCUGCCGGUGGUGUCACAGCGUCUCUUCAUCCUACCGGUGGUGUCACAGCAUCUCUUCAUCCUACUGGUGGUGUCACAGCCUCUCCUCAUCCUGCCGGUGGUGUCACAGCGUCUCUUCAUCCUACCGGUGGUGUCACAGCCUCUCCUCAUCCUGCCGGUGGUGUCAAAGCUUCUCCUCUUCUGA